UGGUUUUCUUCUAGUUUUUUCUUUUUGUUCUGGAGUACGCUUCCGCACCGCAGGGACCACGAGCACGGGAACAAGGGAACCGCCCCCAUCUCGCGGCAGCUGGCAAUCCCCCCUAGGCCUACUUGACUUGCUCCGACAUUGGGUCCCACAGCUCCUGCAUCUGUACCCAACCGCUCUGACCCGCGUAAGCUCAAUGAACGUUUUAUUCUACCUAUCGCUGUCCUUGCGCUCCGCUAUUCCGCACCAUCCUGCCUCCGCAGAACCGCUUGACAUUGCUUGACCAUUCCGUCGGACCGCUUUUCCCGUCCACUUACAACACCAAAGAUGCACCGCCGGCAUUUUAAUGCACCUACGUUCGCGUAAAGUCAACAAGGGCGCGGUUGAAAAUCAUACUCGCCAAACCACUUGUACGAUGCCUGAUAAAAAGGGCCAAGCCGCGCCCGGACAAGAUAUGUCCAGCAUUAUUGCCCAGCUGACCGCGCUGCUCGAGCAUCAGACAAACCAGGCAGCCAGCUUCCGUUUUCAGCUCGCUGUGCCUACAUAUGAAGGCCACACAGAUAAGAAAUCGGUGGCGGACUUCCUUCUGGAAAUGCAAGAUUACCGCGACGCGCAAGCCAUUACGGAUGACGUUCUUCUUCAGCGCGUUUUGCCCGUUGCCCUGACUGGGUCCGCCGCCCGCUGGCGUCGUCGCCAGUCAUUCCAAAGUUGGACGCACUUUGAGCAGCUACUGCGAGCAGAAUUCCUCCCCCCAGACUACGUCGUCCGCAUGAAAGACGAGCUUCGCGCCCGUAGUCAGGCGGAGGAGGAAAGCCUCCAAGAAUACAUACGGUCCUUUCAGGAGCUUUACGAGCGCGCAGAUCCUUCAGCACCAGAAACGGAAAGAGUCACCCGGGCAAUCCGGCAAUCUCACCCACGCUUUCAGGCUUAUCUAAGGGGCCGUACUUUCUCUUCGCUUGACGAUCUCUCUAAAGCGGCGUCCGAUAUUCAGGCGGCGAUGUUGGCAGAGCUCACUUACCAGCCUCCACCCCCGCCUCAAGCCGCCCUCGAGCCGUCUUGCGCGUGGCACGGUUCUCAGAUUGCAAGCCCGGGGAAUAUGGUACCGCCCCCAAGGGCGCUAGACCCAUUCAUUCACCGCACCUUUGCCACCCAGGUACCUUUACGGCCUCCGGUCCGCGAACCCGCAACAACGUUGCCAGGCACUCGGGGCCGCAGCAGGCCUGUAGCGGCUGCCGCCCAAUCAGGCGCAGAAGAUACACGCAGGAGCAUUCCAGUCUGCUUCCAGUGCGGAGGACGAGGCCACUACAAGAGCCAGUGCCCGAGCCCCCCGGGCAUCCUCCAGCAGGGAAACGACGAGGGCCGGCGGUGGUGAGCAGCUACCAGUCGCCGGCCAACGACCUACCGCGCCCCGAUGUCCCCUCGCAACAUGCAGGCUCCGGAACGACCUCUCCGGCAGCAGCCUACCAUCACGCGGUGUCACUUGCAACAUCGAAGCAUCUUGCAGCGGCCGCCAAGCACCGAGCGAGGGCUGGCGUUCCCGAGACUACGAAAAGCCGGGUGUUUUGGUCGUCUCACCAUCCUGCGGCCACGGCGCUGAGCCGCAGACAACCUCGGCAGCAGAGAGGGGGAGAGAAACGGCUCCUCACACUCGAAUCACCACCAGCAUCAACGGUAGUAGCUGUACCGGAAAGGUGUCA